ACCCUCCGCGCUUGGUGAGGUGAAGGCGGAACGAUUGGGUUUACGGGGCGUGGUGGGUGCCAGCAGGGAGAGAGGCGGGCGCAUGGGGAGAGGCGGGCGCAUGGGGAGAGGCGGGCACAUGGGGAGAGGCGGGCACAUGGGCUGCUUGAAGCGCCGCUCCGCCGCCAGGCCCGGGCAAGUCUUGAGGCUCCUACCGAGAAAGGCACUGCAUGUCCACCCGCAUGUCCUCCCUUCCUCUCCUCCCACCCGCAUUUCCUCCCUUGUCCCUCUCCUCCCACCCGCAUGUCCUCCCUUGUCCCUCUCCUCCCACCGGCAGGUGCCCCCUUGUUCCUUUGUCCCGCGUAUCCUCCCCUGCUCCUCUUUACUUCCAUGCAUGUGCCCUUCGUUGCCGCGUGCCCUUCGUUGCCUCAUGCCCAAGAGCCUCGCGCCUCUGUGCUCUCCUCCCCCCCUAUUCCCACUCCCUGCCCGCCCCAUUACAAACCCUCGCACCAACAUUUGCGACAGCACCUCGCACCAGCACCUGCUCCCAUCACACCAGGCAGGGGCAACGCUCCUGUGCGAGCUGCCAUUCGUGCUCCUCGCCGUGCCCGUGGUGCAAGGGAAGGCGGCAGCCUGUGCGGCAGCGGUGAGAGGAGAGGAUAGGGCAGGAGGUGCUGCAACCGACUUGUGGCGCGCUGGGGGGGACUGCUGCUGCUGGGGAGCUGCUACUGCUGGUCCGACUCCGAUGUACUGCCAUCGCCCCGAUGGAGGGCAGGAUGUACUGCCAUCGCCCCGAUGGAGGGCAUAGGGCCUGUCACAUACUGAUGACAAAAUAUUCAACACUUAUGGGUGUGGAAUUCGAUGGAAUGCUCAAGCCAAGCACAUAGUGAGGAGGUUGAAGCAAAAAUUUGACUCAAUGUUAAGCAUUAAUGUUGAGUUGAGGUAGAGAAUGGGUCGCGCUGUACUCGCAAAUUUCCUCUGCUCUGCUCUGACACGUGGGGGCUUUAUCCGCGUCCCAAAGUGUGUAUGACAUUUGUUUCAGUACGGUCC